AUGGCUUUCGAUACAGCUAUGAUCGGGAAAAAAGAGGCAAGUGCUUCAGCAAUGGUGCAGUGUUCAUUGACCGAUAGGUGGCAUACCUUGCAGGAAUCGAUAUCCUUUUACAUCCCAGGCCAAGAACCAGUCGAUCAAUCCUGGGAGGAAAAUUUCCAAGACUGGACAUCACCGGACACGGAGGACUGUACCUGGUGCAACACUCAUAUCAAGGUAGAGGAACUCCCGGCGGCAUGGACUUACCUUCGUGUGAUCGAUUACGACGGUCGCAGGAGGGGUAUAGAAGAGUUCACCGAAUUUGUGGGGUUUUCCUUGGCCAACGGCCGCGAGGGGAUUUCGCUGCAGUCAGCGCUGGAUAAAAGCGAGGAGCUGGAUAUGUUGGAGGAGGGAGACCAAGAGGCCUACGAUAAGAAAUGGGGAGUAGCGAGCAAGAAUCAUUUCCGCCUGCAGUUCGAGGGCUGUAGCCCGUAUCAACGACAGAUUGCCGCCAUGAGGGCAACCGCGCAGGGGGGAUCUAUCAGUAGGAAGACGUUAGCUCACGAGAUAGCGGGCGAGGUUAAACAAGCCAUCAAGGGUACAGCGCCGCAGCACAAGGGAAGGCCGAUCGAGCUCAAGUACUUGCGCCUACUCGCGUUCAAGCGCGUUGCCAAGGGUUCUUGGCAGCCCGUUAUAAAAAUCAACGAGACCGAGCUCUUUCGCGAGCAACCUGGCAUGCUUUGCAAACAGUACCAGAAAUGA